UUUUUUAAGGGGGUUGAUGGUGGUGGGGGUUUGGGAUAGCUCAGCCACAGAAAGGAAAGGAAGCAAAGCCUUACUGAGCCUGAGUGAUAUUUUAAGUGUACCCAGCAAUCAGUCGCACCCCUCUAUCCUUCCAAAAUGCCAAUGAUUGAUCCGGAAUCGAUCAACAUUGACGAGCUUUUCAAAACUGCCAUGAGAAGCGGCUGGGACAAAGUUGCGUAUGCUUAUACCAACCACUCCGGCAAAAUCAUAGAGCAUCAUAACAACAUGAAGGCCCCAGGGGAGACUGCACUGCACGUUGCUGUAGCCUACGGCAAGACAAAGCAUGUAUGGGACAUAGUCGAUGGGAUACCCCAAGGCGAUCUUUUGGAGAUCCUGAAGAUGAAGAAUGAUCAGGGAGACACACCUCUUCACUUGGCCGCAGCAAUCGGGAACUUGGAUUUAUGUUGUUGCAUAUCUUCCCAAGACAAAAGCCUCAUUGCUGAAAGAAAUAAGGAAGGUGAGACUCCGCUUUUUCAAGCUGCACGCUACGGCAAAGAGAAGGCGUUCUUUUACCUGCGAUACUGUUACGGCGAGUCAGACAUUCCCCUGGACAUGCUUAUCAAGAACGAGGGGAAAGGCGACACCAUUCUUCACUCUGCCAUCAAUGGAGAAAACUACGGGUUUGCACUUCGAAUUAUACAUUGUUACCCAGAACUUGUGGACACCGUGAACGAGAAGAACCUGACACCUCUACAUGUACUGGCGCUUCAGCCCCGUUCCUUCCCAUCAGUUGGUCCUUCUGGUCAAGGCCCAUAUUUUGUCAUUGUAUACCAUUGCACAUUUGUCCCAAAGCACACAUGGGAUGAAGAGCAGGACAGAAGAGACUUUAAAGAAAUUGAGGAGCGCAGUGGCAAUGAUUUUUCACAACGUCCACAUAAAAAAGCCGGUCACCGCCGCAGCAAUGCAAGUAGAAAUGAUGUAGAGAAAAAUUUACAACGACAUAAUCGAGGAUUGAAUGUGGAGAAAAUGGGUCAUUGCCGCGGACAAAUCCUGGCAAUUUGCUUCGGACUAAUCAUGAUUUUGUUCUUCAUAACAGCAAUGUUUUUGGCGUUCAUCAUAAGCGUGAUGAUCUUCGUCCUAUUCCUUGUUAACUGGAAUUUAGCGCCAAUUAUAAACACGAAGAGAAAGCACUGCCUGGCUAUACAACUCGUCCAAGAGCUGCUUGACAAAGGGAAAGCUCCCAUGUAUCCUGAAGUUAAAGAAUUUUCAGCAUCAAGUAGCUCAGAAGGCAGGGGAAAUGAACCUUCAAAAGUAACGGGCGUGAGCGGUCAUAAGAAGGGAAAAAAAGAAAAGAAAAAAAGAGAUCUGUCCCUGGCGACUCCACUACUGACAGCGGCAAAGCUGGGGAUCUUCGAAAUGGUAGACUUGAUUCUCGACAGGUUCCCAGAGGCCAUUAAAGAUAUGGACAACCAGGGGAAGAACGCGGUGCUACUGGCAGCGGAGAAUCUACACUUGGGAGUGUACAGGGUCCUAGAGAGGUGGAAGGUGGUGCACCGGAGCGUCUUCUGCCAAGUCGAUGCGGACGGCAACAGUGCUCUGCACUUGGCUUCUCGGUAUGAUGAAAAUCGAUCUCGGGAAUAUACGACGCCAGUAAUUAAGAUGAGCCGCGAAUUUGCAUGGUAUCAGUACGUUAAAAACUCCAUGCCGUCAAACUCUUUUGCUGUAAGAAACAAUGCUGGGCAGACUGCUGUGGAGAUCUUAAUCGAAUCACACAAAAAACUGAAUAAUGAAGCGCAUCAGUGGCUCACCACGACCUGCUCCGCGUACUCAUUGAUCGGAACGCUGAUUGCAACGGUUGCCUUUGCCUCAUCAUCGACCAUUCCUGGAGAGUACAAUGAUGAUGGGAGACCGAGACUUGAAGGGGAAGUCCCAUUCACUGUCUUCUCCAUCUCUUCGCUCAUGGCCUUCUGCAGUUCCAUGUCUGCCACUGUCUUCUUCAUCACCAUUCUCUCGGUCCGAUAUGAGCUGAAGAGCUUUAAGGUAGGCCUGCCCAAGCGGCUUCAGUCAGCCUUCACCUUUCUCUUUGUAUCCAUUGCUAGCAUACUGGUCUCUUUCAUAUCGGGAUUCUACAUCAAUAUGAGGAACAUCAACAAGCUACACGGUGCUACAUACCUGAUGUUCGCAGUGAUGUUCUUGCCAGUAACCCUGUUCCCCUUCGUUCAAAUCCCACUGUACAUGAUCAUCCGCUUCAACCCUAUAAUGAAGUGAACUCCCAGCAUUUGAUGCUCAUUAGUUCGAUCGGACUCAUAUAUUGUUCGAAAUGAUAAUCAAAAGACAUCUUGAAGAUUUGUUCUGCUUGGAGUGGGUGUUGUCUGAUUUGGUGUGAAGGUUGAAGAACUCAUGUCAGUUAUGCUCCUUUCUGUUUAAGAUUUAUACAUAUAUUAUUAUAAUUUUGCAAUCAAAUGUGUGAUUCAAAUUAA